GUUUCUUCGAUUCGUUAGGGUUCGUCUCUAUGUGUGAAUUCGUAGAGGGUUUCGGUGUUUUACGUGACCUCGAGAUUGUCUACAAGAGUUUUAUGUUGUCAAUUCGUCGUUUCCUCGGCGAAUUGGGAAUUUAGGGUUAGGGUUUUCUUGUAAAUUUAGGGCUUCAACCUGGUAGUCAAAUUAAUUUAGGGAAACGUCUCUUCCCAUACUUGAAUCAAUUUUAGUGCCUAAUUAAGUGCUUUCAUCGUCUUAGUUGAGGCUUCCUAGGCUUUUAAUUCUUCUCCACUUUUUUCCAGUUCAAUUGAAGUUUCAAUUCAUCACAAUUUAGAAGUAAUUGACUCCACCUAACAUAAAUUUUUAUCCAUUUCAUCAUUAGUAAGUGGUUAAUAUGUUAAUUCUUUCCUUUUAUUAUGCAUUUGACUAAAUUUUAAUUUAUUAACCUUGUUAGCUUACCAUGCAAAGUCAAAUAAGUUAGUUUGCCUGUACUAUGAAUUGGUGUGUGCAUCAUAAUUAGCAUUAGUACCAUGGUGGUCCCAAGCACUAUUGUAUUUUUUUUUCUGUCUAAAUGAGCUUCAGGUUAAUUUAUUUGUUUAUUGCUUGUGUCAAGUGUUCUUUGACAUAAGCUUGAUGCUCCCUUUCUUAGUCUUCUAUUUCAUGUUGUAAAUGGGAUUUAAGCGCCCUUUUGACAGUGAGGAGUUGCAGGAACUUCCUUUCAAGCAUCCAAGACAGUUUGACAAUAACAACAAAUUGACUCAGUUUGCUGAUACUAUUUCCCAUAGCUAUACCCAUCAGGAUCCCCAUAUUUCAGUUGAUGUUGAGGGUGGAUUUCGUAAAUGCCAAUGGGAUGAAGCAUUUGAAACUGGUGGUCUUAAUGAUGAAAGACCUUUGGUUGAUAAGGAUUUUGAGACUAGUGCUCCCUUGUCUUUGAUCACUAGCAUUUCUAGUGAGGAAGAUGUAGAUACUGGGCCGGCAGCAAUUUCACCUAUUUCUCCAGAAUAUUUUGACUUUGAUUUCCCAAGAAGAAUGUUGGGCCCUGUUGAGGAUGCCUAUUCUUUACUCUUGGAUCGGUCUCCCCGAAAACAGGUUCUGCUUGGGCCAAAUCAUCAAGCCAAUGUUCCUUCAUUGGGUAGGCACAUAAAGGACAAAUUUGUUCAGAAUUGUGCAUCAGACACCAAUGAUAUUGGCUAUGAAGAGAUUAUGAUGGGAACAUGUGUCAUUCCAAUGCCUGAUUCAGAUUUGUCCGCAAAUGACAGUGGCAAAGUUGGUGCUGGAAGAACUGAUUGUAGCUGCCUGGAUGGGGGCUCAUUCAGAUGUGUGAGACAGCAUGUCAUGGAAGCACGGGAAAAACUGCGAAAAUCCCUUGGGCAUGAAAAGUUUGUGAAGCUGGGGUUUUAUGAUAUGGGUGAGGAUGUUGCAUAUAAAUGGAGUGAGGAAGAAGAAGAGAUCUUUCGUGAGGUUGUUUACUCUAAUCCUGCAUCCUUGGGUAAGAAGUUCUGGAAGCAUUUCUCAAUGGUGUUCCCAUCACGAUCCAAAAGGGAGCUUGUCAGCUAUUAUUUCAAUGUCUUUAUCCUUCAGAGACGAGCUGUUCAGAACAGAUCCAGUAUUCUGGACAUUGACAGUGAUGAUGAUGAGUGGCAUGGAAGUCAACAGGUUUAUGAAGUUAAGGCUUCAGAGGAAGAUGAAGACUCUUCUGCUAUUGAGUCCCUUGCUGCUCAAGAAGGCCUGUCAAACCAUGAAGGUGAUUGUCUUGGAGAUGAUGACGACGAUGGUAGUGAUGAUGAUGAUGAUGAUGACAGUGGUGACUCUGAUAGUGGUAGCGGAGAUGGAAAUUAUAGCAGUGCUGCAGCAAGAGGGGAUUAUGGUGUAAAUCUUAUGUUAAAAGGACCUAUUGCAAAAUCAUUUGAUGAGAGCAGGUUUGAUCUUGUUUUUGAACAAACAAACAAUGAUUUGGGACGAGUAGAGGAUUUCAAUGUACAGGAUGACUCAUGCAUGUCUUUUGAGUUUCAGCCAAACAUGGUUGACUCUCAUAGUCUGAUCGACACAAAGGCUGAUUUGCAUGAUGGUCAAAUGAAGACUGACCUUUGCAAGUGUAUGCAGGCUAAAGUAGACGGGUCUACUGACCUGGUGAGCCAUGUCUAUUUAUUGGAUACCUGUGACGCAAAAAUCUGGGACGCUAGAUAUCCUACAACUGCUACAGAAGGUAUCGAUCUCCAGCCUACAUGCAACGUUAUUGAGGAGAUUUUUGGACAGGACACUUGGGAUAACAAAAUGAGAAAUGAAUAAGCACCUAAUAAUGGCUCUUGAAAAGUCCGAAUCUUCUCCUUCGAGGAGGCUAAGACUUUCGGUUUUGACUCUUUCUUUUUUCUUGUUUACUCAUAAGCUCAUUUAGCAAAUGUAAUUUGCUUCAGCAUGUUAAAAAGUGCUCUUAAUGAGAUCUUUUCUGCUUUUGUAAAUGGCAUAGCAGCAAAGCACUCUUUUCUCUCUGUAGGGUCGGAAGUUGCCGCAUGCAGGUAGUCUUUUCGUGAAUUAUUAAGCUGAAAUUUGUUAGGAAUCUUUUUGUGGGUAAAGUUGCAGGUAGUCAAUGAAUGACAUUGAUUUGUAUAAAAUUACUGCUAAUACCUGGCUCUUGUAUAGAUGAUUCAUUAACAAAGUUAUAUGUAUAUGUUUGUUCAGAGGCUUUCAUGCUUUCUUUUCUUCUUUCAUGUUUUAAUAAAAGAAAAUAAAGUUGAAAAUGCUACAUCAUUUCUGUGUAUUAUAAUCUUUAUUUUCUUAAUUGUUCUCAUACUAGGCUCUGCAGCUUGUUAGACUCAAAGUGUGGAAUUCAUGCUUAGAGUUCAUCGAUAAAUGAUCCCGUAAGUCGGAUUUGGUUGAAUCACAGCUCGAGUAUCAAACAUCACUUGUCUAGAUUUGACUUGCUCCAAUUCAAAAAACCUAAUUUGUCAUUAAAAAUUGAUUUAAUUAUUGUCUAUAAGAUAAUGUUGAUAUUGUAAUUUAGCUGUCAUAA